CAAUUGGCUCUUCUCUCACACGAUUCACUUCAAACCCAGCGGCAACAAGCUUCAAAAUCAAAUUCACCUGGCCUUAUCUAAUCUAAUCUUCAACAAUAAUAUCACCAAAAUGUAUCGGAAUAGUGGGAGUGGGAGUGGGAGUGGGAAUGGGUCUAAAGGAAAAGGAAAAGGAGAAGUUUGAGACUUCAUCAUUCUUGACGACGACGACUACGAUUGGGCAGUUUGGCAAGCCAAUAUUAAAUCUUUCGACCCGUAUCGCGAAUAUGAGGGCCAACUCGACCUUUUCACCAUAUGAAUGCAUUAUGUUUCACAAAGAAGAGUACUUAGGUGGGGAGGUUAGAUUCAUUGAUUCGUGCAAUGUGAAGCGGUUUAAGCUAAACGAACUGUCAUUGAUAAUGGUAGCUCUUGGUUGUGGUUCAAAGUAUGUUUGUGAGUUCUACUAUGCUCUGCCGGAGAACAGCUUCAAGUGCGAAGGCUGGCAAGUCAGGCAUCCGCUACGGCCCCUUGUUGACGAAGUACACUUUGAGGGUUUCAUUUCGUUGCUCCCUAGUGUGUUAAGAGAUGUUCAUGUUUGUGUUAAGAGAAGUUCAUGUGUAUUGUAUCGAGCUGACAAAGACUAAAGCAUAUGUGAAUGCUAAGAGAGACCAAUAAACUUUGCUCGAUGAAACUUUGCUAAGAGAGACCAAGAAGUGAACACUAUACAAUUCUUACACAGUACUAGUACCAUUUUAGUUACUAAGUAACUGUUAUCAUUAGAAUUAGUACUCCUAUAAUAUUGUGUGAAUUCAACUAUCCUUUAGCACUGUACAAAUGAACACUACUAAUAAUAUGGAUACUAUUUUCAAUCA